AUGAGGUUGACUAAAGUUGCUGUACUUUUGGCUGCUGUUUCUGCUUCCACGGCAAGAAUGGUACCGCGUAAAGGCGAUCCAGUGCAAGAAUACUUUGAACAAGCCAACACUGGAAUAAGGAAGGGAACUUACGUUGCGCAAUAUAAUGAUGAUAAGAAGGCGUGGCUGGAAUUUAAAAUUUGGUGGUUUGAGAAGAAGCAAUCCAAGUCUACGUCUCCAUCAAAGAAUUACAUACACUCGCUGCUUAUCGAUGAAGAUGAUGAGGUCAGGGAACCAUUUUCACUGAGUCGAGAUAAAUCGAAUCUCGCUCGACACCUGAGUAAACCUCUUAGACCGAGCAACAACCUUGAAAGCUCGCCUUCUUCUUCAACUACAGCUCAAUCACCAUCCAGUUCAGCAACAGAGUCAACUUCUGCUUCUCCAUUUAAGCGUAAAGAGGCGAUAUCUAAACACAUCAACGUAACACCUCCAAAGAAAGCUAAAUGGGAUUCAGAUGAUGAACUCACCCCGACUUCAAUAAAGUAUCUUGACUAUCAUAACAACAAGAGAUUGAAAUUCAAUGGUGAUGAUCUUCGGAAAUUGAGGCGCAAAUCAGAUAACAACCACGAGCAAAAUCCAUUUAAAAAUAAAGGUAGCGGAAGAUACGCAACAUCUAUACCAAAAACUGAUGAGAAUCAAUCAAUUAACAAGUUAUACCCUAUUAACCCAGACAACAAUAAAGGUCUAAAUUAUAAGUAUAAUGAGACAGUCAGAAAUAAGGAGGAAAGGAAGCAUAUGAUAGGCGGUGAUUGUUUUUGUUGUAGAGAUUUCUGGAAUUCAGUUGGUGAAGGAACUGCACAAGAACAUAGAGACAGAUCUUCAAGGCAUAGAUCGCAUUGGCCACGUGCAAAAACACCGCCUGGGUAUUGGGAUGUGGAUUUUCCAUCUACGCAGAAGAUAGCACAGAAUAAAGAGCAGGCGCGGGAAAUGCAUAAGGAGAAGAGGAUAUGGGUAGCUGCAGAAGCUGAUAAGGAUGAUGGUAGGCAUAUAAGAAGCAAGUCGUCAUCUUAG